UGCAACCUGAUCCUGUGGGAGUUUCUUUUCUUUUAUUAACGUUGCUAUCCCUUCUCUGCUCUCAUGCACUUCACGCUUGCAAACAGACCACGGUGCAAAGGAGUGAGUGAAUGAGUGAGUGAGUGAGUGACGGACGGAGGGAGGGAGGGAGCACCGGGGAGACUUUCUACUGUGAAACGGACUUGGAAAACAAAGUGGAGUUUUUUUUAGUGCUUGGGGAAACUCGAACUAAACUGGAAUUGGACAAGUUGGAUACCGACAGAAAGUGCUGUAAUAUCGAGCUUCUUUGCAGGGAUUCAGGGUUUGUCAUUGUCGGUGAUUGGAGGUCGCGUGAACACAUUACACAUUAGCCAUGGAUCCAAUAACGAAGUGGACCCCUAAACACGUUGUGGACUGGAUGAAAGGUCUGGAUGACUCCCUUCAGCAAUACAUUUGUAGCUUUGAACGAGAGAAGAUAAACGGCGAGCAGCUGUUGAAGAUUUCUCACCAGGAUCUGGAGGAGCUGGGAGUUGCACGGAUUGGGCACCAGGAGCUCGUACUGGAAUCGGUGGAUCUGCUCUGUGCUCUGAAUUAUGGCCUUGAAACUGACAACCUGAAGAGUUUAGUUGUGAAGAUGCGAGCCUCAAUGGGCAAACUCCAGAACUCGAUAGCCAGCAGGAGGAAAAAUCCCUCGUAUGAUGGAGGCACAUCUCGUAAGCCUACCAAUGACUUCCUGACCUCUGUGGUUGAACUUAUAGGCGCAGCUAAGGCCUUGCUUGCGUGGCUGGACAGGACACCCCUGACUGGGAUCAGCGAUUUCUCAUCAACAAAGAACAAAAUCAUUCAGCUGUGUCUGGAUCUCACAACCACAGUUCAACAGGAUUGCACAGUGUUUGAAAUGGAGGAGAAAAUCCUUGAAGUCUCCAAGAUUUUGAAUGGGAUUUGUGACCAGACGAUGAGGACCACCUCUGACCCUUUAAUGAGUCUGUGCACAUGUGUGGAGGAGGUGCAGCUCACACACAUCACAGCCGGGGAAGGGCUGGGCAUGUAUAUCAAAUCAACCUAUGAUGGUCUGCAUGUCAUCACUGGAACCACAGAAAAUUCUCCUGCUGACAGAACACACAAGAUCCAUGCUGGGGAUGAGGUGAUACAAGUCAAUCACCAGACUGUGGUUGGCUGGCAGUUAAAGAACCUCGUUGGCAAGCUCCGUGAAGAUCCUUCUGGUGUUGUGCUUCUCCUGAAGAAAAGACCCACGGGCAGCUCCAACUUUACCCCUGCGCCACUGAAAAACAUGCGCUGGAAGCCUCCUCUCGCACAGACCAGUCCUUCUCAAAGCUCAGCUCAGUCCCCGAGCAGCACAAUGGACACCUCCAUGAAGAAAGAGAAGCCAGCUAUUCUGGAUCUCUACAUCCCUCCACCGCCUGCUGUUCCAUACACCCCACGAGAUGGGAAAGGUGGUCUUCACUUCUCUGGAGUGUAUAAGAGUCCUUUAAAGCCAAAAGGCUCGGAGUCGCCCAAUUCCUUUCUGGAUCAAGAAAGCAGACGCCGGUUCACCAUCGCUGAUUAUGAUCACCUGGGCGUCUCCCCUAUCGAAGCAAGUGUGCUGCCCACAAAGAUGAGGGGAAGAAGCCAGUGCCACGGAAAGCCUCGUCCUCUCUCAAUGCCUGUUGAUGGAAGCUGGUUGGGGGCAGUCGAUUCUUUUUCAAAGCCAUGGACACAAGGAAGAAAAGGAGAGGACGUCUUGUACAGAAACAUGAGCAACGAGUGGAUCCCAACGAUUAUGGAAGAAAGUCCCUCCAUGCAGCAGCUCCACAGAUCUGUGACUGAAAGGAAUUUCAUGCGAGGCGUGGAUCACAUCAGAGGCAGCAGAUACUUUGUGAGUUCAGACCUGCACAGCAGCGCCACCAUCCCCUACCAGGAAGAGACAGCCCGAAAGACUCCCGUCACCCCUCCCACCAAAACCGCCGCCGCGGAGCCCUCGUUACUGGUGCUCAGAAGAAUCCCCAAUGCCACGCUCAGAAACGGAUACAGCUACCCAAUGAGACUCGGGGCCUCUUCUGCUUAUCUAGAGCAGUCUGCUUUUCCCCUCUCUCUGGUGACCCCGAUGGCAGCUGAUUCCUACAACCCUGUCUCCUUGCGUAACAAGUCGAAGAAGAAAAGUCGAGGGGAUGCUGUAACAAUGAGCAGGCGGAGGAUAUCGUGUAAGGAACUGGGACAUGUGGACUGCCAGGGGUGGCUCUAUAGGAAGAGAGAAACCAAGGGCUUCAUAGGAAUCAAAUGGAAAAAGUACUGGUUUGUGCUAAAGAGAACCUCUCUGUACUGGUACAGCAGCCAGAUGGCAGAGAAAGCAGAAGGGUUCAUAAACUUGGCUGAUUUUACAGUGGAGCGGGCAACAGAAUGCAAAAAAAAGAAUGCGAUAAAGGCCAGACACCCUCAGAUCAGGACAUUCUAUUUUGCAGCUGAGUCUCCUGAAGAAAUGAACAAAUGGCUUAAUAAACUUGGACUGGCUUCAAAUGGGUGUGAGUCGCCAGCUGAAGUGAGUCAAGACUGCUGGAGUGAAAGUGAUCAUGAAGAGUCAGACCUGACAGUUGACACGCCACCCCCACCCUAUUCAAUGCACUCUGCAGUUAAACCUGAGGAAACCCUCCCGCCCCCGUAUUCCUCAACUCCUCCCGGUGCAGCCCCCGGCCUCACUGCCUCCCCCAGCAGCACCCUCACAUCUCAGGGGUCUGACGCUUCUGUCUCUAAAGCAGUCUGUGAGGAUCGCCAGUCAUGGCUUGACAUCAUUAACAGCUCACAAGCCUCCAGUGCUGGGCAGUCGCUCACCUGCUCUGUGCAGAUUCACUCCAAACACCCUCAGCCUGACAGCAGUGAUCCCGCGGGGGACUCUUCACUAAAUCCAAUAAGCGGAUCUCGGGACUCUAUCCAUGAAGAGCUGCUCAACCCCACCAGCUGUGCAGACCCUGAGAAGGAGGUCUCUUUGCCUGGAUCUGUGGAAAGUGUUCCAGAAUCAGCCUCUUCGGAUGAAAUGGAAAAACUGUACAAGUCCUUGGAACAAGCAAGCUUGUCUCCAAUUGGUGCACGCAAGCCUUCAACCCGGAAGGAGUUUAGGAAGUCUUUUAUUAAGCGCUGCAAAAACCAAGCUGUCAACGAUAAGCUGCACCAGAUCAGGACCCUCAACAGUACUCUAAAGGCCAGAGAAGCUGAUUUAAUGACGAUUGCGCAGGUUUUGGAGAAGCCCAGUCUGACAGCACAGGAGUAUCGGGAGUGGAAGGAAAUCAAUCUGCUGUUACUGCAGGAGAUCUGUCAGAACUACCAGCCUCACACUGAGGGAGAACCCAAAGCUCCAGACACACAGCCUCAGACCUGCCCUGAGGGAGAACCCAAAGCUCCAGACACACAGCCUCAGACCUGCCCUGAGGGAGAACCCAAAGCUCCAGACACACAGCCUCCACACCAGCAUCAAACUGAGGGAGAACCCAAAGCUCCAGACACACAGCCUCAGACCUGCCCUGAGGGAGAACCGAAAGCUCCAGACACACAGCCUCAGACCUGCCCUGAGGGAGAACCCAAAGCUCCAGACACUUCACACUACAUAGAAACCAAUGUCUAAAUGCCCCAGACCCUCCACAAUACAUUCUGGGCCCUUGAUGUUGUUUCACUUUGUGGAGAAACAAAGCGGAUGCCGUUUUUGAGAACUUCAUCUGAACAUUUGUGACAAAAAUAUUGAGCGCUGGCCUGGAUAAUCUUAAAAUAACUAGUUUAGCCAAAUGUUUUUUUUUUUUUUUUUAAUUUACGUUUAUGCUUUUUUUGUUCUUCAUCUUAUUUUUAAGUUCUGAAGUUGUCAUACAGCUUUAUUGGAUCAGUGUGGACUAUUUCAUUAAAAUCCCAUGCAUUCAGUGAGAGAAUAUUCAAAUAGCACAUGUGUCUUGGUGACUAGGCUGUGUGGCAUUGCACAGACAGCAUGCAUGCAAGGGUUGUUUGAGCAGCAGAUGUUUUCUUAUUUCAAACUGUUGUCAUAUAAUCUUCCUUGACAUAAUAACUUAUUGUUGCUUUGUAUGUUUUCAUUUAGAACAAAAAGAAUAAUGCAUUUAGUGACUUGGGCUAAGUCUUGUUAAUUUAGUGCUGCAAAGGUUAGGGGGGGGGGGGGAAGUAGGGCUACCAGACAUCCCAGGAAAAUUGCAUCACAGUCAGAACAGUAAAUUGUUACAUCAUCCCGGUUUUGCUAUUAUAUUUACAUUAUUUCUAAGUACAAAACUGUAGCAGUGUUCUCAGCAAGUUGACAGUAGAGUAAUUUAUUAUACAAAAACAAAAUAAAGAAACGUAUAGAUUACUGGUUUAAUAAUUCUGAUUAUGUGUUUAAUAAUUAAUAUUCUGUUUAACUUCCUGGACCAUGGCUAUUUUUAUUUAUUUAAAAUAAUAUGCCACCACCCAAGUUAGCAUUUUAAGUUAGUCCCUGUUGGGUUUUGAUUAACACAGCCAUUUUCUUUACCUGCCAUUCCGUCAUUACCAUAAGAGUGUGCUGUGAUGAAUGUCCACUGGGGGGCAACAUUGAAACCACCAGGAUAUAUGUUAAUAAAUAAGCACUACAGAGCCCUUGAGAUGUUGUUCCUGAAAACGUAUGUGCCAUAAAAGUGAAUGUAUCUGGCACUGUGCUCGCAGGAUCAAACGCCACUGUGCGAUGUGUACAAUGUGUUUUCUCAGAAGGAAAGCUGUUUCUGCUAAAUGUGGAGUACAGCUGUUCUUAAGUUCAUAGAAAAUGGUGUGUUGAAGUAUUGGUAGAUGGUAUAGAUGGGCUUCUACUGGUAUUGAUAAACAAUAAGACCAUUUUAUUACUUCUUAGCUUUUGGAUAGUACUCCCUUUUUUAUUAUAUAAUACUCAAAAACCUGUCUAAUCCAGACCCUCUACAUACCUGCAUUCUGUAGAAUUCGGACUGAUUUUUGUGUUCCAACUAAUGACUGGAGUGCUCCCCUCUACAAUCCCUAUUGAAAUGAAUGGUGUGCUCCCCUCUACAAUCCCUAUUGAAAUGAAUGGUGUGAUCUCCUCUACAAUCCCUAUUGAAAUGAAUGGUGUGCUCCCCUCUACAAUCCCUAUUGAAAUGAAUGGUGUGCUCCCCUCUACAAUCCCUAUUGAAAUGAAUGGUGUGCUCCCCUCUACAAUCCCUAUUGAAAUGAAUGGUGUGCUCCCCUCUACAAUCCCUAUUGAAAUGAAUGGUGUGCUCCCCUCUACAAUCCCUAUUGAAAUGAAUGGUGUGCUCCCCUCUACAAUCCCUAUUGAAAUGAAUGGUGUGCUCCCCUCUACAAUCCCUAUUGAAAUGAAUGGUGUGCUCCCCUCUACAAUCCCUAUUGAAAUGAAUGGUGUGCUCCCCUCUACAAUCCCUAUUGAAAUGAAUGGUGUGCUCCCCUCUACAAUCCCUAUUGAAAUGAAUGGUGUGCUCCCCUCUACAAUCCCUAUUGAAAUGAAUGGUGUGCUCCCCUCUACAAUCCCUAUUGAAAUGAAUGGUGUGCUCCCCUCUACAAUCCCUAUUGAAAUGAAUGGAGUGCUCCCCUCUACAAUCCCUAUUGAAAUGAAUGGUGUGAUCUCCUCUACAAUCCCUAUUGAAAUGAAUGGUGUGCUCCCCUCUACAAUCCCUAUUGAAAUGAAUGGUGUGAUCCUGUCACAAAGACGGCCGGAGUGGGUGGCAUCAGACCAGAAGCAGGGAGUAAACAGACAGAGACUUGGGGUUUUGGUGGAGCUGAGCGAAUGGUUUCGCUCAGCAUUUAAUAAAACAGCACAGAAAAUAAAAGGUUUGAACAGACAAAAACACGGGACACGGCACUACACGCCAAAAUAAACAGACAUACAAAACGACUAAACACUUAACAAACGGUGCACGGAGACAAACAAACACGGUGAGUGAAAACACUUAUCUUUACGCUUUUGCUUUCUUUUACUUUCUCCUUCUCUCUCUCCCGUUCUCCACUCACCGAACACCAACCUCGACUGAGUGAAAAUGUGCAUCUAUAUAUACUGUUGUGCUGGGAUUCAAUUACUAAUUAAUUAUUCACUUGAAUCCCAGCACGUGAAUUAAUUCUGUGCAACCCCGUGCUCACAUAUUACAUUUAACCAGCACGUGAAGUGAUUUGUGCUCUCCUCGUGCCUAAAUACAAAUCUACACUUUAAAUACACGUGAAACACAGACCCGUUUAUAUCCCGUGUACCAAUCUAUACACCAACAUUUACACACGCAACAUACAACACAUAACACAAAUGCACACAGGGCCGGGGCGCUUUGCCACAGAUCCCCUCUACAAUCCCUAUUGAAAUGAAUGGUGUGAUCCUCUCUACAAUCCCUAUUGAAAUGAAUGGUGUGCUCCCCUCUACAAUCCCUAUUGAAAUGAAUGGUGUGCUCCCCUCUACAAUCCCUAUUGAAAUGAAUGGAGUGCUCCCCUCUACAAUCCCUAUUGAAAUGAAUGGUGUGAUCUCCUCUACAAUCCCUAUUGAAAUGAAUGGUGUGAUCCCCUCUACAAUCCCUAUUGAAAUGAAUGGUGUGCUCCCCUCUACAAUCCCUAUUGAAAUGAAUGGAGUGCUCCCCUCUACAAUCCCUAUUGAAAUGAAUGGUGUGAUCUCCUCUACAAUCCCUAUUGAAAUGAAUGGUGUGCUCCCCUCUACAAUCCCUAUUGAAAUGAAUGGUGUGCUCCCCUCUACAAUCCCUAUUGAAAUGAAUUAAAAGCAACACGGAGAAACCCUGAGUGCAGCAGAAAGCACCUGAAUCUGCUUGCAGGUUCAGUACUAAUGCGCGACCAAGUCUUUCCAGGGAAUGGGUUAAACGGCUUAUGCGAGUAACAGCUCGAGAUUGUGUUGCGCUGUUAUUAUGUUUAAAAUUUGCUGAUGCAAUAUUGUGUUUUAUCAUACUCUAUCUACAGUAAUACAUUUAUUUUUAAAGCCUUCAGAUAAUUGCCACUUUACCUUUUUUAGGUACAGUAUUAGAUUUUUUACAGGAGCUCUCAAAUCCAGCACACUGUCUAAUCCGGCACACUUUUAAAGUCUAAACGAUGCCAAGUUUUACCGUACUGCGUGAUAAAAUUGUAAUACUAAUAGUGUUUGUUUAUUGUACAGCUGUAAAAACAUUUCUCUGUAAAUAUUGUAGGUGUUAUGCCCUUGUGUGUGUACAUUUACUAUCUGCAACAUGUAAGGGCCUUAAAUGAAACAAAAAACCAAAAAUCCAAUAAAUGCAAUAAUAGUU